AUGAUCCAGGGUGCCUUGGAGCCUGACAGCCCUGGCUGGGGCUGGGAUGUGGACGGGGACGACGACUGGGAUGGCACCGUGCUGACUCUGCUGGCGCUAGCUGUGGUGGCCGCCACAGCACUGGCUUUGCACUGGUUCGGCUCUGGACAGGACCAGGAGGUGGCAGGACCAGUGUCCACAGCCCCCCAGGCCCAGCCUUCUCAGGCAGGAGGAGACAGGGGAGCCCUGCUCCCAAAGUACCAGGUCAGUGAUGGCGUCGAGGGACCCAGCUCAGGGCAAGGGAAGUCAGACCUUCCAGGACACGACCAGGGGAGUCUGGCAGCAGCAGGAGCCCAGGAUCAGGAGCCCACGGGAGGUAGAGGUCUGGCUGCCACAGCUGAACCGCCACUCAAAAUACCUGGCGAGAUGGCCAGUGGAAGGGCCUUGGGACAGCAGUAUGGUACUGCCACCCCAGAAGCCCCCCAAGGUAAAGGACGUGAGCCUUUCAGGCCAUGUGCUGCCCUCCUGGAUAGGAAAAAAUUAGGGGGGACACCUGCCCCCCUGCUGAUACACUUCACCUCUCGGAGUCCUGGCAGAGAAGUGGAGAUGCAGGUAGAGGCAGGAGGCGUCCGAGCCAAGGUGCCAGCUCACCAGGGCCCCGUCCACACAGAGAAACAGGACACCAGCCCCUGGCAACAAGGUGUGGGGACACAUGGCUCACUGGGGAGAGGCCCAGGAAGCCGGCGGUGGCAGGUGGACAACAGCUCAGGAGAUAGAACUUGCCAGCCCACAAAGCUGGACCCCCUAUGCCUGGCCACUGUGGUGAGUGUGUGGGAUACCGUGGAUGCAGCCAGCAGCCUCUCUGCAAGCUCCCAGAGGCCCCUUCUCCCCGAGGAGCUGCCGCCAUCACACACCCUGCAGACCAGGCCCAUAACAGGUGGCUCAGAGGUGGGGCCUGGGGAGAACGGGCCUCUAAUAGCCCCAGGCCUAGCCGUGGACUCAGGAGCCAAAGGUGCUGAGAGCAGGGAGUCUGGGCCCCAGUCCCCCAAGGAGUCUCAGGGGUCCCCAGCUUCCGUGGAAGGCUGGCCUUGGGCAAGAAAGGAGGUUCAUGUCACCAGGAGCUUCAGUCAGGCCCCAGGCUCCAUGGGCCCAUGGCUAGAGGAACCGCAGUGGGGACGCCACCUCUUGUCCCAAGGGCAGGGAACCACAGAGGCCUGCAAUGUGGGAAAGGCUGAGGCCAAUGGCUCUGGAGACCAGUCUUUCUUCAGCUCAGGGCCGGGCAGGACAGAGAAGCCAGCGGGCCCAGGCAUCAAAGAAGGGAGUGGAUCCUGGCAAGGCCAGGGGGAACAGAGCAGUGCACAGGCAGCUGGAGGUCUGGGUGGAGGGAAGCCAGUCACAGACAUCCUCAGCGACGCCCCUGCCCUGAGCCCUUCAGCCACGCUCCCCGCACACACCCCUAAGCAUCCCCCACCCUCAGCUUCCCCGCCCACAGUACAUCUGCACCGAGGUCUCUUUCCUGUAACCCCGACUCCUCCCAACUCGUGUCCUUCAGACUCUUUGCCCCUCAGGGUUAGCCAGGGUCCUGCUGAGGAUGAAAAUCUCAGAGCAGUGCCAGCCCCCGCCCCAUCCCCUGCCCCAAUCUCAGCCCCAGUUGCAGCCCCAGCCCCUGCCCCAGCUAGUGGGUCAAGGCCUGCAUCUCAGGAGCCCAGUGUGGCUCUCUGCCAGGGCAACCAGGAGGGGCAGAUCUCAACCAGCUGGGGAAACCUUAUUUCUAUGGUUCUUAGGAGUCACCCCUUCCCCAGGCAAGAGAGGCCCCAAGGGAGAGCCUCGAGGGCAGCUCUGGAAAGCCUUAGAGAUGCCAGCUCUUCCACACACUCUGAGAACAGAGAGUCUGGUUCUCCCCUUGAAGGGGCUGUCCCCACCCUGGAGGACAGGCACAGCUCCUCAGUCAGGAUGGUCGCAGAGGUAGGCACAGGGGGUCUAGCUGGGGCUGGACGUCGGCCACAGCAGAGAAGCUCCGAGACGAGCAGGGCUCUCACCCCAGGCCCUCCCUCAGGCCCAGGAGGAAAUGGAACUGAGGAGAAAUGUCUGGACUCCCUACUGCCACCAGCUGCAAUGCCCAGGACACCCUCACAGCCCCCUGAGCAGACACAGCCUAGUCCUGCACCCUCCCCUGCUGCGAGGUGGCACUCACAGCCUGUUCCCCGGCCACGGCCACGGAAACGCAGCCUGUGUGAAAUAGCCGAGAGCUCUGAGCGGGAGAUCAGCCAGGAGGCCACAGGGCAACACCAGGGAGAGGCGCCAGUGGGGAGGCACAGCCCCGCAGGCAGUGGAGGGGGUCUCACAGAGAAGCAGAAAGAGGCCCGCAAACUCAUGGUGUUUCUGCAGAGGCCCGGGAGCUGGGGGGUAGUGGAAAGGCCCUGGAAACCCAGCUCCCCAGCCUGCAAGCCGGCUUCAGCAGCAGCUCUGCAGCGGCGACUGGGUCUGGGCAGCUGCCUGGACGUCCUGGCCUUCGCCCAGCAGCACGGGGAGCGUGGCCUGGCCCAGGACACCUAUGCCUUGAUGAGUGACAAUCUGCUUCAAGUGCUGGGAGACCCAAACCUCUACCGAAGGCUGAGUGGGGCUGACCGGGAGCGCAUCCUGAGCCUUCGGACGGGCCGGGGCCAGGCGGUGCUGGGGGUCCUUGUGCUGCCCAGCCUCUACCAGCUGAGCCGCUCGGGGCUCACAAGGGGCCCCCGUGGGGAGGAGGCUCCUGAGGCCGGGUCUGUGCCCCUGCUUCCUCGCAUGCACCUGCACAUGUUCAACCCCCAAGAGAACAGAUGGCGGCGCCUGACACAGGUGCCUGAGGAGGCCCCGCUGAGGGGUUGUGCUCUCUGCACCAUGCACAACUAUCUGUUCCUGGCGGGGGGCAUCCGUGGCUCCGGUACCAAGGCUGUCUGCUCCAAUGAGGUCUUCUGCUACAACCCUCUGACCAACAUCUGGAGCCAGGUGCAGCCCAUGCAGCAGGCCCGUGCCCAGCUCAAACUGGUAGCCCUGGAUGGGCUUCUCUAUGCCAUCGGGGGUGAGUGCCUGUACAGCAUGGAGUGCUAUGACCCGCGCACAGAUGCCUGGACCUCACGCGCACCCCUCCCUGCAGGCACCUUCCCUGUGGCACACGAGGCUGUGGCCUGCCGUGGGGACAUCUAUGUCACUGGGGGCCACCUCUUCUACCGCUUGCUCAGGUACAGCCCUGUGAAGGAUUCGUGGAACGAGUGCCCCUACAGUGCCAGUCACCGGCGUUCCAGCGACAUGGUGGCGCUGGGAGGCUUCCUAUACCGCUUUGACCUGCUGCGGGGUGUGGGUGCCGCUGUGAUGCGCUACAACACCGUAACAGGGUCCUGGAGCCGAGCUGCCUCCCUGCCGCUGCCUGACCCUGCUCCGCUCCGCUGCACAGUUCUGGGCAACACCAUUUACUGCCUCAACCACCAGGUCACGGCCACCUUCAUGGUCUCCGAGGGGACUGCUCAGUUCCAGGCCAAGGAGCUGCAGCCCUUUCCCUUGGGAAGUAAGGGGGUUCUCUGUCCAUUCGUCCUGACUGUUCCCCCUGCAGAUCCGCUGCAGAGUGCCCUCUGA